AUGGCGGAUAUUGCUGCCGUCGGCCUUGUUUCCGCUAUCGUUCAGUUUGCUGAUUUCAGCUGCAAAUUCAUUCCCAGAUUCAAUGAGUUCAAUUCGAACGCGAGAAAGGCCCCAAAAAGCUUGGAAUAUAUCAAAACUCGACUACCAUUGCUUGCCAAAACACUCGAUGGAAUAAAAGCUCAAGUGGAAGCAGGUUGUGUUGACAGUGCCACGAAAGCUGCCGUUCAAGAAGUCGUCGAUGGCUCUUUUAAGGAGAUCAAACUCCUAAACGACAUCAUGAAUGAGAUAACUCCAAAAAAUACGGAUUCAAGAGCCAGAAAGGUGAUAAAGUCAUUCGAAAGCCUCCGGAGCGAAGAAAAAAUUCAGGACAUCAAUAAGCGAUUGAAGAACUAUAUUGUCGCUUUGACUUUACACCAAAUUGCCCCCACAUCGGUACCGAUACAAUCAGAGACCGGGCCUUUGUUUGCUAUGCCUUUCGAACGCGAUACGAAGUUUAUCGGUCGUCUAGAUAUCAUUCGGCAGCUAGAUGAUAAAUUCAGCACUGGCCGCCGUGCUGCAUUGGCAGGAAUCGGCGGAGUUGGCAAAUCCCAAAUUGCUAUUGAAUACUGUUAUAGAUUUCGAGACCGACAUCCUCAAAGCUGCGUGUUCUGGGUACAAGCGACUACAAAAGCCAGGAUCGAGCAAUCAUACAGAGAGAUUGCAAGAAAAGCCAAGCUUCCGGGCCAUGAAGAUCCCAAGGCUGAUAUGUUGCGGCUGGUACUUAUUUGGUUGAGCGAGAAAAGCGCUCCUCAACACCUUAUUGUCUUCGACAACGUAGAUGAUGUCGAGGAACUUCCGCAACCAAGUUCAACAAAUGCCAUCACUGGAGUUAAUCGCGACUUCUUCAUUCCACGGAGUGAAAACGGAAAAUUCUUGAUUACCACCAGAGAUCGCCGUAUUGGUAAGACACUGCUCAAUGGGGAAGAACCUGUCAAAGUUCUUCCCUUCUCUCCGGAAGAUUCUAGGAACUUGAUGCAAUCAAGAAUAACUUUUCUAGACAAAGAAAAAAGCGGCUAUCUGGAUGACCUCAUCGGCGAGUUGGAUUAUCUGCCUCUAGCUAUCACACAAGCUGCUGCUUUUAUCAACGAAAAUGAUAUCACAGUCGAGGAGUAUCUCCAAGCAUUCCGAAACGAUGACCUCGACAGGCAAGUCCUCUUGAGCCAGGAGCUUGACGACCUGAGGAGAUCUGGUGAUACACCAAACGCCGUCUUUCGGAGCUUGAAGCUGUCUUUCGACCAAAUCGCCCGGCAAAUGCGUAAAGCCGCAGACAUGCUCUCUCUGAUGGCAGUUCUUGAUAGACAGGGCAUACCGAAACUUAUAUUGCGGACAUACUCCUCCAGCAAUGUGGAAUACAUAAAGUCUACCGGUACACUGAUGGCGUUUUCGCUCAUCACAAAAGAAAAAGGAGGUAAUAGCUUCAAAAUGCACAGGCUCGUGAAGGUGUGCAUGCAGCACUGGCUAGAGCUCCGCAAUGAGUCGCAAAGAUGGCAAAGUUUCGUCAUCAAAAUUCUGGCCGGUGUCUUCCCCAGGCCAAACUUUGAAAGCUUUGAAACGCGGGAGGUAUGCGAGACCUUGUACCCCCAUGUACAGGCUUCUCUGCAAUAUAGCAACAUGUCAGGGAAGGUCGAACUGAUGCAAGCGCACUUGUUUUCUUUCAUGGCCAAAUGA